CUUCAUUGUCGCGGUGCACACGACCACAGCACUUCCACCCAUGGUCGCUGGCCCCAUUAUUCCCCAGAUUCUUUUAAGCGCCCUUUGUAGCCUUACAUUCUCGCUAUGCGCCAGCCAACAUUCGCCGUUCUGAGCCUGCUGCUCCUCUGUCCCUCGCUCAUCGCUGCCGCCCCGCACGAGUCCACACGGUACCACCGCGAUCUCAGUACCGCCGCCACGACCCACAACACACCGCGGCCCUGGCGUAGAUUGUCAGAUGCCAUAAUUAGGAGGAUAUGGCGGCUCCCAGACAGGCACAGGAGCGUGGGUGCCGGUAGCGACGGCACUGAGGCAACGGGUGACACGCCCGACCGCAAUCUGCUCGCGCGGUAUGGCGAGGACAUGGUGCUGCGCUUCAACAUCAGCAAUGCGGAGGAGGCGUCGGCCCUUGCGGAAGCUUCCGAUAUCCUCUUCCUCGACGUGUGGGAGUUCAACGAAGACUGGGUCGACAUAAGAAUAGCAAAGGAUGUGGUUCCUUCGCUGCUCGGUCUUCUGCCGCCGUCGCUCCAGAAAGCCCACGUCCCCCUGAUGCAGGACCUGGACCUUGCUCAAGCUAUUUUCGAUUCAUACCCCUCGCCUUCUGCCACGCAGCCACACGACGGCGACCGCUCAUAUUCUCCGAAUCUCAAGCCCGGGCGCCACCAUUCCGCUAAAGGACACCCCUUCUUCAAGGACUACCAACCCUUAUCCGUCAUUAACCCGUGGAUGAGCCUCAUGGCCUCCAUGUUUACUACACACGUUCGUCGAAUCACCGUGGGCAUCAGCUACGAGGGCCGCGACAUUCCAGCUUUGCGUGUAGGCGUUCACCCCACCAACAACGACCAGGCUUCAUCUCCUCGUAAGACGGUUCUCGUUACCGGAGGGGCUCAUGCUCGCGAAUGGAUUUCUACUAGCACUGUCAAUUACGUCGCCUGGAGUCUGAUCAAUGGAUACGGCAAAGACCGCCAGAUCACUAAACUGCUUGAGCAAUUUGACUUUGUCUUCGUUCCAACCCUCAACCCUGACGGAUAUGUCUACUCCUGGGAGACAGACCGCUUGUGGAGGAAGAAUCGGCAGCCGACAAGCCUCCGUUUCUGUCAUGGCGUAGACCUCGACCGCAGUUAUCCGUUCAGAUGGAACGGCGAUAUAAAGCCGACAAAUCCUUGCAGCGAGUCCUUUGCCGGUGAUGCACCUUUCGACGGCGUUGAAGCCCAGCGCUUCGCCGAAUGGGCCAAGAACGAAACCCUGAACAACCACGUCGAAUUUGUUGGUUUCUUAGACCUCCACAGCUACUCCCAACAGGUUCUGUACCCAUAUGCCUACUCGUGCCAUGAUGAGCCCCCCACCAUUGAGGACCUCGAGGAACUUGCGCUCGGUUUGGCCAAGGCAAUCCGAAUAUCGCGAAAGGGACACAUGUACAAGGUUACUUCAGCCUGCGAAGGAAAUGUCGCCUUGUCGAAGAAUGCGAAGGAUAAGAAAGACAAGGUCAUUCUCCCCCGCAUCGAGUCGAGUGGAGGCAGUGCUCUCGAUUGGUUCUAUCACGAACUCAGAGUCAAACAUGCUUUCCAGAUCAAACUACGGGACACGGGAAGCUACGGCUUCCUGCUGCCGAAAGAGAACAUCAUCCCAACAGGAGAAGAAAUUCUCGACGCAAUCCUUUAUCUCGGUCGUUUUAUGCUAGGCGAGAUCGGGUUCAUGGCUGAAGCACCUACGCAGACGGAGCUUGUGAAGGAGCCUCAGCAGGAUAGGGAUGGCGAAGACGACGAAUGGGGCGAUUCGCCAUUGGAGUUGUGAGCGUUACCGAUUAUUCGAUUCUUGUAUUGAUACCAGGAUACGGCUUUAAUCCAAUUUGUUGAAGACUUUCC